AUGUCCUCCAGGGACCCUAAACCGUUGGAUAUCGACACCAAGUCCAUCCUUUCCAUGCAGGAAUUGGAACCCUCGCCAGUGGACGACUCCAUUCCAAACCUGGAGAGCGGCGAUUAUUUCCCCAAGCAAGAAGAGGAGAAACCUCAGCGCCCAUUUGGAUUUGCGAUCCCGAAAGUAGGCCUUAGUGACGCAUUAUUGUCCGGCAUACAAAAAUACUCAACCUAUCCAACAACAGCCUUCUUUAUUCUACAUUUCGCUAACACUGCCCUAAUUCCUCUCGCAACCCGCUCUAUCCCGGCAAGCGAGCCCUAUCUCUUGCUCACGCGGCCAUUCUACCAAGCUCCUGGCCUUGAGCAUCUUCUCCUUACCGUUCCCAUCAUUGCCCAUAUUACUUCUGGGAUUUUACUGCGAAAUAUUCGUGGCUCAAGACGCGCUCGGCUAUAUGGCGCUGAGACUCGUGCUCAGCGUCAUCUGUUAUCUUUCUGGCCUCGUGUCUCUCUCCAGGCCCGUACAGGAUAUCUUCUCAUACCUCUUCUUGGACUUCAUUCGUUUGUCAACCGUAUUACACCUUUGAUGGUAGAUGGCGGCAGUUCGGGUGUGGGGUUGGGCUAUGUUGCUCACGGCGUGGCCCGAAGUCCCGUUUUCUGGAACAGCUUCUAUCUGAUCUUUGUAGCCACGAGCGUAUGGCAUUUUGUGGGUGGAUGGGCAACUUGGAUGGGAUGGCGAGUGACAACUGCCCGCAAAGAACGCCGCAGUAAAGGUUCGCUGUCGGGUUAUCUGGGAUAUCAAGAGAAUCAUGACCGUGUUAAACGGCAGCGCAAGAUGUGGUGGGUGAUCAAUGGAAUCGCUGCUGCAGGUGCUGCCAUAUGGCUAGCAGGUGCUCUUGGUAUUAUUGGACGUGCUGGAGAAGGCUCUGGUUGGGAAGCUCAAGGGUGGAAUGAAAUGUAUAGCCAAGUACCAGUCAUUGGAGCUUGGUUGUAG